UAUAUAAAGAAACCAAUCUUCCCUCCACUUUCUUAUCUCAAAGACCCAUUCCAUUCUGAAAUCAUAAAAGCUUCUUCCUAAACUCCUCUCAAGCUUUACACAGAAGAUAUGGCUAAUGGUUAUUAUUCUUCCCCAUACUCUCAGUGGCCUCCUGUAUCCUUACACUUGUGCUUCUUCUUUGUUAUACUGUUACUGUUUUUGGGUUUCUCAUGGUAUAUCAACUAUGAAUCCAUGUUUGAGGACUUGAUGAUUCAGUUCAAGCUGAUGCUGAUGUUGUGUCCUCUUCUGUUGUUGCUUGUGGUUCAUUGGCUAUCAAGUGAAGAUAGAAGAAGGGUUCCUUUUGUCAUCUCUUUGCCAGGUGAGAGAGAUUCAGUGCAUAGAGCUGGUGGUACUCCAUGGGGUGUUGGAGCUCUCUUGGUCUUCCUCUUGUUCAUGAUCUCUUAUCAGUCUUCCUUCCAAGAAAGAUGGUUUCCUCUUCUGACCAGAUAAGCUUAUGAUGAUGAUGGUCAUGGAGGUUAUGAUAUUGGAAAUCUGUAAUUAUUGUAGGAACAAGAGUGGGUUUUGUGUAUGUUUUUUAAUAUUUGAUCUGCUUGCCUUUUUACUGAACUAUUUCCAGUUGUAGUAUUUAGUCUUCUUGACUUUGGGAGCUCCCAUGAUAAGGCUUCCAGAUUUUGGUGUGAUAUGUUGAUCUUGUUUAGUGUAGUGUAAUUAAAUUAAUGGUUCAUUUUGUGUCAUAA